CCUCGCUUCCUGUGCUUCCCACCGUUUUCUUUUCUAGAUUUCUCCAUUUCUGAACGACACUUCUAAACACAACCACCACUCCUCCGGCUCAUUUCAGAUUGUUCUUUACGGAUCUUCCCACCGUCUUCCUUUUCAUCCGCUGUCUUCUACACCUCGUUAAAUUCAUCAACGGUUUCGACGUUUUCGUUUUUUUUUCCUCCACUCAGUCGGUCGGUCUCUGCCACUGAUGAUUAUUGCCCAGCACAGCGGCCUCGGCGUAAUUGAUUACUAGGAAACAAGCACAAUGAAGCUAAGCAAUUGCCUCCCAAGACAACAGAAAAUGAGAAGAUAUCGAAGGUGUAGAUUAUCACCAUCACGCUACUGGAACCACCGAUUGAGGCCAGAUAUUAUCGAUUAUGACCAGCACGCCAUACGAAUCAGUGGUGAGUAUUUUACCGGAGACGAGAUCAUUGUUUCCCGUGAUGAGGUCGACAACAUCGGCGAUUUCGGAUGGCUUUGA